AAAAGUUUGUGCUCCCUCCAGAGAGCCAUGAUUGGGUGCUAAAGUCCCUCAACCGCAAAUGGAAAGAAUAUAAGUCGAAGUUGAAGGCCGACUGGAAGCGCGAGGGUAUGACAGAGGAGGAGGUUGCUCGUGUUUGUCCUCCUGAUGUAUACCAUCAUCAGUGGAGGGAGCUUGUUCACUAUUGAUUUUCCGAGAGAGGACAGACAUAUUCUGACAUUGGUCGAGCCGCACGAGCAUCUCAGACAAUUCCUCACACUUCAGGCUCGAAGAGUUAUGCGAGGCUCAGAGCUGAAUUCAUGGAAGACCAUGGGAGGAAACCUGGUGAGGUGGAGUUCUAUAAGAUGACUCACACCCACCGAGAUGGCAGCUUUAUCCGAGCGGAGUCGAGAGAUAUAGUUGACAGAGCUACAUCCCUUAUUUCAGAGCGUAUCGGAGAGUCAUCUUCAAUCGGCAACACCAGAGGUGUCGAAGCUCAAGUGUUUACUGAGUUGAUGGGCUCGGAGCGUUAUGGACGAGUGAGGAGUUAUGGCGUUGGAGUUACCCCCACUCAGUUGUCUGCAGUGGGUAGAUAUACUCAAGAUGUUAGACAGAGUAGUAGCACUGCAGAGGUUAAUGAUCUGAAGGCAGAGAUAAAAGAGUUGAAGCAGAGCCACCAAACAGAGAUGCAAUCUUUGAGGGCUCAGAUUAAUCAGAUUACAUCUUUGUUGCAUCAGUUUGUCCCUCCUCAGGUUCCUGAUAGUUCAUCUGCACGUAGAGAUGGUGAUGCUAGCGACCCCUGAAGCAUUUAUUUUAGAGUUUAUAUGUAUUUUUUUAUGCUUUUUGAAGUACAUUGUAAACGUAAAUUGAUAGUAUGAAUGUAAUUUGACAAUAUGAAUGUUUAGAUAAAUAUGUUUGAUUUUGUGUAUA